UGUUUGACACUUGUAGGACGCUGCCUUUACCCCCCGGACGCACUUCAGCACUCGAAAGCCACGACCAUCAUCGGAGUACCUGAACCAUGGAUGUUAACCACCAGUCUGAACAUUCACUGAAAUGGGACAUAAGAAAGUUUUACCAGCGCUCCUGCAUUCCCGAAGUAUCGGAACCAAUUAUUGGUGUCGUGCAUGGAACGCUGCCAUACUGGCUCCGAGGAAAGCUGCUACGAAACGGCCCGGGCCUUUCUGCCGUCGGUCCUGACCGCUACAACCAUGUAUUUGAUGGCCUCGCAUUGGUGAGGCAGUUCAGCAUUGAGAACGGUCACGUGUUCUACAAAAACCGCUUUCUGAGGAGUCAAUCGUACAUCCGCAACCGCAGGGCCAACCGAAUCGUCAUCUCCGAAUUCGGAACUUUGGCGCAUCCCGAUCCUUGUGCCACGCUGUUCGAACGCCUGGCUUCGUAUUUCACCAUGGACAUGACGGACAAUGCCCUCGUGAAUGUGAUGCCUAUAGGUGAUGAAGUCUACGCCAUGACGGAGUCACCGUACAUGUUUCGAGUGGAUCCUGUUACUCUGGAAACUGUUGACAAGAAGAACCUGACGGACUUCGUAGCCGUACAUACCGCCACGGCGCACCCACAUUUAGACGUAGAAGAUGGCACCACGUACAACAUCGGGACAAACAUGGGACUUAAUCCUGGGUUUGUCUUAAUUCGCUACCCUCCCAGUGGCGAAUGCGUUCCCAGCUCAGUGAACAGCGUGAGAGUCGUGGGCAAGAUACCGUUCAGCUCUCGCACGACGGUGCCCUACGUCCACAGCUUCGCUCUCACGGAGAAAUGGGUGGUCGUAGUGGAGCAGCCUCUCGCCCUCCACUUGCCGACUAUGCUUCGGUGCAAAUUUCUUGGUGACAAGGCUUACGUUGAUGCACUGAAGUUCAACCCCGAGAAAGGCGUCCGCUUUCACAUUAUGAACAAAAAGACUGGAGAACUGCAUUCCACCGUGUUCGAGGCCGCUCCUUUUUUCAUAUUUCACCACAUAAACGCCUUCGAGCAAGGCGAUGACGUCGUUGUUGAUGCUUGUUGCUUCGACGACGAGGGCAUCAUGAGGAGCUUAGUAUACACGGAAAAGAAUCCUGGAAACUUUGAGAUGGCCCACCUUCGCCGCUUUACUCUACCGCUGAAUCGAGGCCGGGGCGAGAGAAUCGCUGUAGAGCCGCAGAAUCUGGCAAAGGGCAACCUGCUAGGCGAGCUUCCGCGCAUCAACCAGAACCAUAACGGGAAACCAUAUCGGUUCGUCUACUGCAUUAGCAAUGUUCCUGGUCAGGAACACAGGAUGUUUCUAUCCAAGCUUGACGUUAUCACUGGUGAAUGGCGGCGCUGGGAAAGAGAAGGAUGGUACCCGUCCGAACCAGUCUUUGUUUCUCGACCAGGUUCCGUCGAAGAGGAUGACGGAGUCGUUCUAAGUUCUCUGCUUCAAGAGGACAAGGAAAAGAAGCUGGCCCUCGUCGCGCUUGAUGCACAGAGCUUCCGGCAGUUGGCUGUGGUGGAAUUCAAUUGUCCGUCCUCGGUCCCCGGAGAUUUUCACGGCUGGUUUUUCCAGGACCAAGACUAAGAAGCAUAGAAAGUGUCUGGGAACCGUUGAAUACGGCUUGACGUGAACCACUUGCUCUUAAUCAGAGAAACAUCUUUGAGGACAUCAGGGAGUAUAUAUGAAGCGUUUUGUACGACGCAGAGAUUUUAGCUCUAUUGUGAGUGUGCAAAUAUCCAGGCUUCGCUAUAUCAUAUUAAACAUAAUAGUCAUGUUUCGCCUGCCAAACAACUAGAACUUUUUGCGCACAGGUGUUCUGAAUAUUGAGUUAAACGUUUUUCUUGCUUUAUUGGAGCUGACUGCUUUUACUUGCGAACAAUGUGACAGUGUAGCUGCAUUGCAUUUGUGAACAUUGUGUCCCUGCAUAUUAAAAAAAAAUAAAGUGAAAGCUAAACAAUAGGCCUACCGGCGUGCGCCAUCUGAA